AUGGUCAACAAUUUUAAUUUGAUAGCCGCCGUUUGUAGCAAUAAUGGUAUCGGAUAUAAGGGAAAUCUUCCAUGGAAUUUAAGAAAGGAAUUGCAGUAUUUUAAUAGAAUGACAAAAGAUGUUAAAAAUCCAGAGAAAAAAAAUGCAGUCAUUAUGGGUCGUAAAACUUGGGAUUCUUUACCACACAAUUGGAAACCAUUACCUGGAAGAUAUAAUUUUGUUUUGACUACUCAGUCAUUAAAUUUAGAUGGAGCAGUUGUUUGUUCCGAUUUAAAUGAUUUAAUAAAAAAAAUAAAUUCUCCUGAUUAUUCUAACCUAAUAGAAACAGCUUGGGUGAUAGGAGGUUCAAAAGUUUAUGAAAGCGUUUUAAAAUAUGGACUUUGUCAUAGGUUUUAUCUAACUCGAAUAAAAAAAGAAUUUGAAUGUGAUUGUUUUUUUAAUUAUGAUUUUACCAAAGAUUUUAAAGAAGUCAGUGAUGAUAGAGUUCCUAAAGGAGUUCAAAAAGAAAAUGAAAUAGAAUAUGUUUUUCACGUUUAUGAAAAAGUAAAUGAAUCAAAGGACAGUUCUAACUGA